AUCGCCCCCACCCUUCCCAAUGUGAGCGAGUGUAACCUAGGUCCGCCGCCGUCGAGAGAGAGAGGGCACCUUGCCGGCGGCACAACCAUCUCCUCCUCGAUCCAUCCCACUAUCCUUGCCUCCAUGCCACUAGCUCCUCACCUCCCUGUUUUGAUGCUCUGUGUAGGUCGAAGGGGAGAGGAAGACGAGAGGCGGAUGCGUUUCCAUAUGUCAAAGGCGGUCCAGGAGCAAAGUCAGCUGUCGUGGACGAAGGAGUCGUCAUGGCUAAGGCAACCCAUGACGAGCCGUCGAGGUGUGGUGCCGGGAUGUACAGGGACGUCGUCGUGGGGACCGUUCAAAAGAUGAGCGUCGAGUCCGGCGUUCCGGUGCAUCUAGCCAUGACCGACUGGAGAUCCUCGGUGGCCGCGCGUGUGUGGUCUUCGUCACUGCUGACUUCCCGGCGCACCUCUGGUCUUUUGAGCAACGUCGCCUCGGGUAUCUCAGGCGUAGUGGAGCGGACGUACGUGCCAGCGGCUGGCUCCCGAUGGAAAGGUUGCAAGGUUAAGUCAUUCUGGGUACCCAAUUUCUAUAGCCAUAAUUAUGGGCUAAUUUCUGCUGCAUGUUGUUGAUUGGAAUAAAAGAUGUACGAGGAUUCAUUAACGGCAUGGAUUAGGGUAAUUGUUUAUUUA